AUGGAAUUAAUAGAUCAUUACAAAUUAGAGUCACACAUUAGACGUCUGGUGAGACACAUCACAGUGACAGGUGAUGUCAUCCAUGAAUAUGAGUACCAGGAGGACGGUCAGACCAGGUUGGUUACAUUACCACUCAGAGUCACACAGAGCAGUAACAGUGAUAUUUGUGUUGUGAACCAUGCAAAUAACACUACAGGUGAACUAUUAAUUAUGUCUUCCUCUGGUCGUAUGAAGUCUGUCUUCCGUGGACAGAACAUGACAGAGAACUUUACUCAUGCUGAUGUAGUGUGUGACUCCCUCUGUAACAUCCUUCUUAAUGACUCUUACAAUGAACAAAUUCAUCUGCUGAGUGCUGAUGGGAAGUUUUUGAAGUUUUUACUGACAGACAACGAAGUGAACAGUCCAGUCUCUCUGUCCCUAUAUAAGUCUACACUUCGGGUGGGAUACAGUGAAGGACUUGUUAAAGUAUUUCAAUACACAGUGUAA